AUGGAGUCAUAUUAUGAAUCCCAGGCCGCCCUGGCUGGCUUGUUCGAUCCAAUGCAGCAGGAGUCGACCAUGUCAGCCUACUCGCUGUUCGGUUCCACCCAGUAUCCCGAGAACCUGGCGUUAUGGCACGAUCCCUCCGCCGCGCCGCCUGCCAUGACCGUGGCCGCGCCCUCAUACCCGAAGCAAUCGUCCUUGCUUCAACCUCUUCCGGAUCCCAAGAAACACAAACGAACUCGUAGCGGCUGCUUUACCUGUCGCUCUCGUCGAAUUAAAUGCGACGAGUCUCGUCCCGUCUGCGAGCGCUGCCGGAAGGGAAGUAGGGACUGUGUCUACCCAUCCCCCACAUCUGGACCAUCCAAGGGGGUCCCUCGCUCGUCCACCAAAUCGCGUGGUGCGCGCCCUCCCUCUCAAGGAAGUGAUUCUUCUGGUCGUUUGGAUCUCGAUGAGAUUAGCCCCCUGGAGCCGAUCAUUGAUGAGGAGGAACCCGACGGUGCCGGCCUCGGUUCUCACUCAUCCCCCACCAGCACCGCCGGCACUUCUCGGCCAGACCUACACAGAACCCAGAGCGGACAGUCGCUAAGAAAACCAAGUCUCAAGCAGGUUUCCGAAUCAGGAUCUUUUUAUCAUAGUAUGGACCCGGGCAGCUCCCCCUCUACCGAGUCCUCGUCACGCUUUGAGUCAGUGAGUGUACGGUCGGCCAGCAUCACUCAGUCCACGACCGACAUGCUCAAUGCGGCCCGGUUACCAGAUGAUUUGAGGUUCUAUUUGAAUUUCCAUCAGGACUUUAUCACACCCGCUCAUUUCUUCUUGAGGCAAUCGAGUAAGGCCUUUAUUCAACACAGCAUCAUCGAACUUGCGCUACAAUAUGAGCCUUUGCUAUAUGCCCUGGUGGGGUUCGCGGCAUAUCACCACACUUUGAACACCCCGGGUGGAAAACUGUUUACAUUUCUCAAAUACUAUAAUAAAUCGUUGCUUCUUUUACGGAAAUCCCUCGGUUCUGGCGAUGAACAUAGCGAGGCAACGUUGUGUACAGUUCUUGUUUUGACAACCUUUGAGGAAUACACCGGAGAUUGGGUAAACCUCAUUGACCAUCACCAAGCCGCACACGCAUUAAUGCGGGAACUAUUAACGCCGGACUCUUCCAACCUAAAUGAGUUACAUACCAACAUAUUUCUCUGGUACGCACGAUUCGACGUCGUUGCGGGGAUCUUGGCCGGCACGGAAGCAAUUCUCAGUCGAGAUUGGUAUCUCGCUAAAGAACAAUUUGAUGCAGAACAAGCUGCUCUCGACCCCGACGACGCACGAAAACAGCUCUCAUUGGUUGCAUCGAUUAAUCGCCGAUUCGGCUUGGACAUGGCUUCCCUGUAUGCCAAACUGUCGCAGGGCAUGAUUCCAUUCGAAGAUUUUGCUGUGCAGAACGAGCAGCUUGGCCAAACCAUUGAACGAGCAAAGAAUAUCAUGAGGGCAUUCGACGACAGCGAAUAUACUGUCCGCUCCUACCCAGACCAGCAGCCUCUCACCGAAGACGAUAUUGUGGAUCCUUACGUCCCAGGUCGGAUCCACCGGGGAGCCAUGUGGGAUGCGAAUUAUAUCUGGAUUGAUCUCCUUUCGACCGAGUUGAUGUACAAAUACCAAACCAUGCUCGCUUUAAGACAACCUCUUCUGCCAGACCUGACAAAGUUGGCCUGGGAGCAAGCCCAGUUGAUGGAAACAAUUGACCGAUGGCCGGAGAAAGGAAAUGGGGCUUGCAUUGGGUUCAAGAAUAGCAUCGGAAUCACGAGCAUGUUUCUUCCCAGGGACAGCAAGAACCAAAUCUGGUGUCGGCGCAGGAUUGCCCGGAUGGAACAAACUGGUUACAUAAUUCAACCCAAAUUCCGCGAAGUCCUCUCCACCCUUUGGCAACAGCCCGAACUCAUGAAUUGGUGGCUUCCUGACGAUGAGGGCUAUUCAGAUCUCAUCCGUGAAGUCCGUGCCAUGACUGAUGAUCGCCUCAAGCAGCCCCGCGACGACUUCCGCGCUAAUGUUCGAGACAUGAAAGCCAUGUUCUGGAAAUUGAACGUGAACGAAGAAGGAGGUGAGCUCAGUCCUGGUAGCAGCCAUGGCAGCAGCUACGGUGGCUUCUCCUGA